UGUACUUUUGGUCGCAAGAUGGGAACGUUGUGUUACGUAUUGUUAGUGGUUGUCGCGGCACAUGCGCACACCCACAAUCACAACCACAACCACAACCAUGACCAUAAACAUCGUAAUCACAAUCACCAAGAUGUCCCAGAAUCACAGCAGUCUGUAGUAGUAUCACCCUACGGAGAAUUUCGCGGUAGCUAUAAUACAACGCGUCGUGGUCGCCAGUUUGAGUCAUACCGAGGAAUAUAUUAUGCUGAACCACCGGUGGGAGAACUGAGGUUUCAGCCACCCAAACUAAUCCUCGAGUAUAAAACCCCGGUAGACGCCAGUGAAGAUGGGCCAGCCUGCCCACUGUUGGUCGAUAGCAAUUACUACAUGGAUGAAAACUGUCUCACCAUCAAUGUUUAUACUCCACUUAAGAAGGACAGGUCCAAGCCGUUGCCCGUAAUUUUCUUCAUGCACCCUGGAGGAUUUUACGCCAUGACGGGCCGUAGUGACCUAGCUGGUGCACAUUAUCUACUCGACCGUGACAUUGUACUAGUUACCAUCAACUACAGACUUGGCUCUCUCGGUUUUCUAAGCACCGGCGAUGAGCUGGCCCCCGGUAACAACGGUUAUAAAGAUCAAGUGGCAGCACUUAAAUGGGUUCAACGGAACAUUGCCGCAUUUGGAGGAGAUCCUAACAGUGUAACUAUAACCGGCUGCAGUGCUGGAUCUAUAAGUGUUAUGCUCCAUAUGAUUUCUCCAAUGUCUAAAGGUCUUUUCCACCGAGGCAUUUCCAUGAGCGGGUCUCCUGUUUACAAGGGACCCACUCCUGACAAUCUCUAUCAUUUGGCUGUUAGACAGGCUGAAAUACUAAACUGCCCCACAGACAACUCUAAAGUUAUUAUUGAUUGUCUUAAAACUAAACAUUGGAGGGAUCUUGGAUCCUCUUUGCCGGGAUUCUAUGAAUUUGGUUACGACCCUGUCGGUAUUUGGAUGCCCAUUAUAGAGCGAGAUUUUGGCCAAGAAAGGUUUUUACCCCUUGAUCCAGUGGACGCAAUACGUGAGGGAAAGAUGCAUGCUGUUCCACAUAUUAUCAGUCAGACGGAGGAUGAGUUCUUCUGGAUGGCAUUUACGGUUUUGAAAAACAAAACUCUGACUGAUAAAAUGAAUGCUGAAUGGGAAAAAAUUGCUCCAAUCUCCUUCCUACUGAAUCGCGAAAACGCCACAUAUGCAACGCAGAGACUACGCACUGCAUAUUUGCACGACAAGCCGCUGAAAAAUGAUGCAGAGAAUGCUAAAAAUCUUGGUUUAUUAUAUCAAGACUCCAUCGAAAGCUUUCCUGUUCACAGGAUGGCGAACCUUAUGUGCCGCCACUCUCCGCAUCCGGUAUGGUACUACCAGUUUAGUUACAUCGGUAACCAUAGCUUCUACGAGGAUUCUGUGACUAAGAGGCCAGUUGCGGCGGCUCAUCACGACGAUCUGAUUUACUUGUUCCCCUUGAGUUUCCGUUUCCCUGGCAUCUCCACCGAGGGACUCGACGCGGUCCUUGUGGAAAGGAUGACGGGCAUUUGGUACAACUUCGCUAGAUACGGGGAUCCGAAUCCUCGUGGCGAUAUCCCUGAAUUGGAAUGCUUGAAAUGGCCAUCCAUGAAGCCCGAUGACCGCAAGUACUUGCGCAUUGGCAACGACUUAACCAUACACGAAAAUAUGAAGGAGGAAAGAAUCCAGGUCUGGGAAGAACUAUACCCAAUCAAAUAUUAAUAAAAGGUCUUUACAAAUAUUGUACCUACUAUGUAAGAUAUUUAUAUCUGACAUUUAUUUUUAUUAUUUAAAUAAAAUGCCAUAACUUUGAGUAAAAUAAAAGAACUAUAUUAUCAUUAUGAAUUA